CUUUCUGUCUUAUCUACACAACACCCAAUAAUGCUAGAUCACUCCAAUGAAGCCACGCUGCACAAUACCACAAAAAAACUCAAACACGAUGAGGAUCGUCUUUGUAUCGCCCUUUGUACUCUAUGAUCCAGCCGGUGCCGUGCUGCCCGUAGAACUGAUUCACACCACCAUCAAGAUGCGCCCGCCGCCCGUCGGUUUGAUCCCGCACGACCCCACGUUCUCACAUGAUCUUUCCGGAACGCGACCGACGCCGAAACGCAGCGCAUCCGCGUGUACAUUCGUACGGCAGAAUUUGUUGCUUAUCAAUUUAAUUAAUGGGCGCUUUCUGGAGGCCCGCACUACGAUCGCCGGAUGAUCACCGGCGGGCAACGUUUUCCGACCGUCAGUCGUUACCGGGCGUCUGUGGUCGACGGUUGCACACACUAGCUAGAGACGGUUCCGUUUCGUAAUUGGCUUUCUGUCCGCCUGCAGGCACACACGAUCACCCGGUGUCCCUCUCGGCGGGGAUACAACAGUUGGAUAAAGUGCGUAGGGAAAAGCAUCCGUGCCAGUGUCAGAAGCAGCUGUCAAAGAUCGAGCCUCCGACUGGAACGAUGGUGCACCGGCAGCUAAAGCGGCAACACUCGGGCCUGCCGCAGAUGGAGUCGCUGUCGCGCUUCAGCAGCAUCCCGGUGGUGGAAACCGGCAUCAAAACGGCCGGCAGUGUGUACGAGCGGGUGAAAGCAAGCAACGGCCUGCUGACGUGGGGCUUCGAGACGGCCGAAUCGCUCACGUACGCACUGAUCGACUCGCUGCGCCCGGCCACCAAGAUGAUCCAGGGGCCGCUGCACCAGCUGGACAGCAUCAUGUGCAAAAGUCUCGAUCUGGUCGAGCAGAAGGUACCCUCGAUGUAUCUUCCGCCCGAGAUGAUGUUUUGGAACACGAAGGAAUACAUGUCGGACCAUUUGAUGAAGCCGGUCCUGUCGCGGGCCAAUUCGAUGAAAAAUUUGGGCCACGCAGUGCUGGAAUCGCGCGUCUCCAACUAUGCCGCUGGCCGGAUCGACGGGGCACUCGUCGUUUGUGACAAAUACGUCGAGCGGUACCUUCCGACGGAGCCGCAAGAUCAGCCAGACUCGUGCGGUGCAGCUCCACCGGCAGACGACUCGAACGAGAUGCACGUCGUGAAAACGUUCCACCGUGGCCAGCAGCUGUCCCGCAAGCUGAAGCGCCGGCUCACCUUCCGCACCCGCCAGGAGCUGAGCGCGCUGAAGAAGCAAAGUACCGAGGCGGUCCACGUGGUGGCGUACGCGGCCGAACUGAUCGCGACAAACCCACGGGAGGCGUUGCAGAAAGCCGUCGAGCUGUGGCGCUACCUCAGCAAGGAUGAGCCCGAAAACCAGGCCCGGCCCCGCACGCUCGAGCAGGUGGCCGUACUGUUGACGCGCGAGUCCGCCCGCAAGAUGGUGCACCUGAUCAACUUUGUCACCGGUGCGGUCACGCGCGUCCCGAAAGCCGUCCGCGCCCAGACGCGCGAGCUAGUGCAUCACUUCCUGUUCGCGACCGAGCGGCUGAUGAAGACGGUCCAUCUGGAGAAGGCAAAGGCGGCGACACUGUCCGAGGCUAGUGGGCUCGUGCACCGCAUUCAGCAUACCUACGACGAUCUGCAGAACCAAACCAACCUGGCACUGGAACGCUUGGCAGUCUUUCUUUCCGGGCGCUUGGAGGCGGAAAAGAUCACCACCAGUGGAAACCCUCGCCGACGCAUACAGCCCCGAACAAACAGCAAUCCGAUGAAUUCGAACAUUAACGGCGUGUACUAAUUUAUGUGUGUGUAUGUGUGAGUGUGUAUUUGUGUAUGUUUGUCUAUGUGGCAACAUAAGUCUGACAAGACUGUGUACUACCAAAACAAUCCCCCUUUCCCUUGAGUACCUCGAUCCAAAUGGGAAAGUCAGGGUUGCUCUUUUUCCAACUAGAUUCUAAGUGGAUCGUUAAUAUGUAAUAAUUGUUGUUGUUAUAAAAAAAAAGAAUAAAUACAAAGCAUGAAAGUUUCAAUCUACAAAACACAAAUGAAAAAAUUGUGUGCGCUUUUUUAAUUUAAAUAAUUCAUAAA